CGGCUAGAGAGCGAGCGCGCAGCGGCGGCGGCAGCGGCGGCGACAGCGGCGACCCCACCGCGCAUCCAGCCAGGCCUCCGGCGCCCCGCGCCCCACGCGCCCCCGCGCCCCAUUCUUCGCGCCCCCGCCCCUCGGCCCGCCAGGCCCCCUUGCCGGCCGCCCGCCAGGCCCCGCGCCGGCCCGCCCGCCGCCCAGGACCGGCCCGCGCCCCGCAGGCCGCCCGCCGCCCGCGCCGCCAUGGGAGUGGAGGGCUGCACCAAGUGCAUCAAGUACCUGCUCUUCGUCUUCAAUUUCGUCUUCUGGCUGGCUGGAGGCGUGAUCCUGGGUGUGGCCCUGUGGCUCCGCCAUGACCCGCAGACCACCAACCUCCUGUAUCUGGAGCUGGGAGACAAGCCCGCGCCCAACACCUUCUAUGUAGGCAUCUACAUCCUCAUUGCUGUGGGCGCUGUGAUGAUGUUCGUUGGCUUCCUGGGCUGCUACGGGGCCAUCCAGGAAUCCCAAUGCCUGCUGGGGACGGUCGUGGGCUGGUGGCUCCCACUAGCCCCUCACACACACACCUGCUGGGCGCCUGGGUGUGUGUCCUUGGGCCCCGCCUACAGCCUGCCCUCUUUCCUCCCUCUGGCCACUGCCCGGCUCCAGUUCUUCACCUGCCUGGUCAUCCUGUUUGCCUGUGAGGUGGCCGCCGGCAUCUGGGGCUUUGUCAACAAGGACCAGAUCGCCAAGGAUGUGAAGCAGUUCUAUGACCAGGCCCUACAGCAGGCUGUGGUGGAUGACGACGCUAACAACGCCAAGGCCGUGGUGAAGACCUUCCACGAGACGCUCGACUGCUGUGGCUCCAGCACGCUGACUGCUCUGACCACCUCAGUGCUCAAGAACAACUUGUGUCCCUCGGGCAGCAACAUCAUCAGCAACCUCUUCAAGGAGGACUGCCACCGGAAGAUCGACGACCUCUUCUCCGGGAAGCUGUACCUCAUCGGCAUUGCUGCCAUCGUGGUCGCCGUGAUCAUGAUCUUCGAGAUGAUCCUCAGCAUGGUGCUGUGCUGUGGCAUCCGGAACAGCUCCGUGUACUGAGGCCCCGCAGCUCUGGCCGCAGGGACCUCUGCAGUGCCCCCCAAGUGACCCGGACACUUCCGAGGGGGCCGUCACCGCCUGUGUAUAUAACGUCUCCGGUAUUACUCUGCUACAAGUAGCCUUUUUAGUUUUGAGGUUUUUUGUUCUGAACUUUCCUGUUACCUUUUCAGGGCUGACGUCACAUGUAGGUGGCGUGUGUGAGUGGAGACGGGCCUGGGCCUUAGGGACUGGAGGGCAGGGGUCCUUCUGGCCCUGGGGUCCCAGGGUGCUCUGCCUGCUCAGCCAGGCCUCUCCUGGGAGCCACUCGCCCAGAGACUCAGCUUGGCCAACCUGGGGGGCUGUGUCCACCCAGCCCGCCCGUCCUGUGGGCUGUACAGCUCACCUUGUUCCCUCCUGCCCCGGUUCGAGAGCCGAGUCUAUGGGCACUCUCUGCCUUCGUGCACCUGUCCUAUCUAACACGUCACCUUCAACUGUAAUCACAACAUCCUGAAUCCGUCAUUUAAUAAAGAAGGAACAUCAGGCAUGCUA